GCAAAAGCUCGAGCGGAGCCGAAGCAGAGCGUGCCAGCCCGAUACGGCGACCGCGUGUCCGGGCGACCGCAGCCGUCCGCAAGAGCCCGCCGGUCGGCCCGCGGCGAACUCUGGCCGGCAAGCUAAGGGGCAGCCCCAGCGCCGUCGAGCAGCAGGUCCACCACCGGCGACAAAGAAACGGCGGCGCGGGACGAUGCCCCCCCUCCAGACGCCCGUACGACAGGAGAGCAAGGAGGACAUCGAGAGGGAAUCAGAUAAAAAACUGAGUCGCGAGCAGACGGAGCGGAUGCUCGUCGACGUGAGAAAGCGCGUCCGGAAGCAAAAGGCCAAGACCUGGACCAUCGAUCCCGUGAGAUGUAGGGAGGCGCAGUGGUGGGACGCCGUCAUUUGUUUAGCGUUAGUUUAUACCGCUCUGGUACCCCCAGCAGAAGUCGCGUUCACGCCACCGCAGAAGAAAGUCAAAGUCAAUGCCCUGUUCUGCAUCAACCAGGUGGUCAACUUCGUGUUUUUUGCGGACAUGAUCUUGCAGUUCUUCCUGCAUGUCCAACUCCCGAAGCACAAAGGCGGCGUCUGGAUAAGGAACCACAAGAAAAUAAUAAAAAGGUACCUGAAAGGGGCAUUUUUUGUGGACUUUGUGUCGAUCAUACCUUUUUCUGCUCUGACCUUUACGGGCAUCAAGAUUUUCAACAACCUCCAGAUGGCUCGACUGUUACGUUUAUUGAGGCUCAUGAAACUACUGAGGAUGUUCCGCGGGAGUCGCUUGAUCAUGCGCUAUAGAGCAAGCAUGACUCUCAGCAUAACGGGAGCGAAUUUGAUAGGGUUUAUCAUAUUUACGGUGUUAGCUUCCCAUUGGUUGGCGUGCACGUGGGGGUUCUUGGGCAAUCAAAUAGGACGCGAUAGAAACUCGUGGAUGGCUCCGUUCUUAGAACCGGACUACUUGAAGGGAAAAGCGGAGGACGAGGAGUGGUUCUCGCCGAGUGGCUUACCGGUACCGUGGGACGUGCAAAACCCGCAGAUCCAGUACCUGAUGUGCUUGUACUUUACAUUGACCACAUUGACGACUGUUGGUUAUGGCGAUGUCCACGCUCGGAAUGUGGCUGAAAGGGCCGUUGUUUCCGUAAUGAUGCUCUGUGGGGGAUUGAUGUGGGCCUGGAUCAUCGGUGCCGUGACCCAAGCCGUCACGACGCUGGAUGUCAAAAAAAUACAGUACAACCAGAUCUAUGACCAGAUCAACUGGAUGCUCUUGGAUCUCGGGGUCGAUGCGCGACUGUGUAGAGAUUCUAGGGAGUUUUUGCUGAAUAGCGUCGAAAUUCAGCGAAGACUGGAGUAUUCGCGUCUCAUACAACAUCUCAGUCCAGAUUUGAGAUGCAAGGUCUGCGAGAACGUGUUCAGUCAUAAAUUGAACGUCGUACCUUACUUCCGACAUACGUCGCAGCUGUUAAGGCUGGGUAUUUUUGAAAGAUUGACCCAUUUGUUGUUUGCACCCGACGAAGUCAUUCUGAGGAGAAAGACCUUGAUGAUCAUCGAGAAUCAUGGCUACAUCGGCUGCCAGGGUCGGUUGUACAUGCGGGGCCAGCCCGUGUUCCUCGACUUCCUGACGGCGGACGAGGAUCCGCCGCCGCGCGCGUUAGCGUUGAAAUUCACGGAGGUCUCGGCACUCACUAGAUCCGCCUUAGACGCGGCCUGUGCGGACAACCCGAACGAUACGUAUCGGAUCACCAAAGCUCGGGUCUACUACGGCUUAUUGAAACUAGCGAGAGAAAUAAUAGCCUACUGCUCGGAGUUGGAAGGCUUAUCCGCGAAGACGCACUGCGGGCGGAACUCGCGCAAGAGCAUGGCGAAAAAUGUGGCGCAACAGUUGGUGGCCCAUGGGCACUCGCCGACGCAAUUGCGGCGACUAGCCUCGCACAACAACCCGCGCAAGCGCUUCGGCAAGGCAUGGGCCGUCAGUCUGCAUCCCAGCGCUCAAGUGUCGGAGGCUGAGAGAGUUGACGCAGAGGAGUUCUCGCUCAGCGCGCCCUCUUCGGAUUUCGCGUCGGCGCUCGACGCGUUACGGAAGACGUCGUUGACCGAGGAGCAGGCGCGACUCGUGUCGCGAUUAGCGGAAACUCUGGAACCGCCGAGGCCCGCGGGCCCCGACGCGGCGCAGAUCUACAUGGUCCCCGCGCGCGUUGCGGGUGGGGCUAUUGUCCGGGAAGGUGUGGAACUCGACUCGCCGAUCGUGGCGACCUGCCCUCCCGGUACUGCUCUUACAAUUACUGGAGAGGGCACCGCGGCCAACGGUACAGCUCGUUUGAGGGUGUCGCAACCAGUAUCAGGCUGGGUCUCCACGAAGUCCGUGGACUUCGUCGCGCCGCCUCCCACACCGACUCUGAAAGCGGCGCCGUCGACGCCGCGGCGCCACUCGACGCCGCGGCGCGCGCGCGAGUCCGAGGGCCGGCCGUUCUCGCGCUGGCGCGCGUGAGGUAAGCUUCUUUUGUGACCCUA